AAUUUGUUUUGGUAAGCUUGUGUUGUCACAGUGCUUAAUGUGGCUUGUUUUUAGAUUUGACAGAAAAUAGUCUAAAAUUUGCAUGCAAAGCGUAUACAAAUAUCUCUCCAUUGAGUUACUGAGCGUCAUAAUUCCAGAUUAAUCAAACGGACCAAAAGUGAUUACCAGAAUAAUAGAAUCCUAAUCGAGGCGAAAAAUAAGCACCGAUAAUGGCUUUGGCGACCAUCAAAAGAGAACCGGAAACCACGAAAAGCCCUCUUCAAGUCUGUCGACUUUGUUUGAGCGAAGAGAUCCUGGACGAUGUAUUUGGCGAAGAGGGUCUGCAGCAAUGGAUAUCGGAAUAUCUUUCAAUAACGGUUUCAUCUGAAGACAUCAUGAGUCGGGCGAUUUGCACUAUUUGUCGAUGUCGGUUAAUUGAGUUUCAUCAGUUUCACGUACGCUGCCAGGAAGUGCAAGAUGUGCUGCAAUUCCUCAUCCAAAAUGAAGAUAUAGAGACUGAAUGUGAGCAAUUGUUUCUCAAAGAUCAGCUCAAAUACGGCUGCAUAGACUGUGGAAAAAUGUUCGUGCUGCGUUUUUAUUUUCUAAAUUCCAGUCAACAUCUGGAUCAGCACAAGCAGACUCACACGAAAGUGAUUGAACAGGCAAGUGAAGAACAAUUAACGUCGGAUGAAGUACAACAACCUCUAACUCACGUCGCACGAGUAAAAGUAGAUCCAGCCGAAUACGUCGAAAAUAAUGUAUCACAAAACAUGCCUUUAGCAUUCAUUUCGUCUGAAUUAGCCAAAAAACGCAUGCAAAAUCUUGCAAAAUCACGUAAGAGCCACAAAAAAAAUCGCCGCAGGAACGUGGAAAAAGAGCGGACGACUGGUUUAGUAGACAUGAUUGACAUAGAAGAAGUCAAAAUUGAAGCACAUACAGAUGAUGAUGAUGGGAAAUUAACGAAUGGAAUGGUAGAAAAUUCAGUGUCAAUAUCCAAUGCAGUUGAUGCCGAUAAAUCAAAUAAGCUUAUAGAUAAAGCUAAAAGUGACUACAUAAAGAGAUCCGACCUAAAGCUGUCUGGUUCAGGCAAAAAGAAAACGGAAGAGUGUGAUAUUUGUCAUAGGAAAUAUGCGAACACGCUGCUUCUAUGGUCUCAUCGCAAGUUAGCACAUGGGCCAAAAAACUAUAAGUGCGACGUUUGUGGAAGUGCAUUUGCCCUGGAGCAGGAUCUAAAAAGGCAUAAUAGUACCAACAAGCAUUUGAAAAAACUGCAAAAAUUGUCCGUUAAGAACAAAUUAACAGAAUCAGAUCACAAUGCAAAAGGAAAUGCCGUUGCUUCGGAACCUAGUGUCGACGCAAUUGAGCGUGACAAUUUCUGCUCGAUCUGUAAUCGAACGUUCAAACGACAAUGCCAGUUCAAUGCACACAUGCGUAGUCACGAAAUCGAUGCACAGAAAUCAAGUGACACGGAGGGGACAGACAACGAGGAAGUUAUGUCAGAUGCCAGCGUAUAUACAUCCAAUAGUGAUCAGCCACUCGAGGUAACACCAAUGGUUUCAGACAGCAGCGUUCAUUCCUCUAAUGAUCAAUCACUUGGAGGAAAUGAAGUUAAGAGUGAUAAACCGUGGAAGUGUGUUUCGUGUCAUAGAUCAUAUGAUACAGAGAAGCAAUUGAAAAAUCACAAGAGAUUCCAUGCACCAAAAAAAUACCUGUGUCCUGUAUGUGGCAAACCAUUUGUGAAAAUGUAUGCUCUGCAAACGCAUAUUCCGACGCACAACGCAGUGCGUGAUUGGCCAAGGAAUCGAAAUGUGUCAACGAAACGAAACAAGCACUUGGAAAGACCCCACAAAUGUGAUAUUUGCCAAUCAUCGUACCGAACAUCAGUCGGUCUUAUCGGUCACAAAAAACAAGUGCACGGCCCGAAAAAUCACGUUUGCCAUCUUUGUUCCUACAGAUUUGCAACACGCAAAGACUUAACGCGGCACAUUCACACACAUUAUCGCACGUAACACAACUAUGACAAAAACUAUGCGAACGCUGUAGCUGGCCGAUUGCCCACCUAUAUCGCUACCUACAGUAUUAAUCAACCAUUCAAAACGAACGUGUCAGCAAUGCGUGUCCAAUGGUUUUGAUAAUUUUUGUAAGUGUCUGAGAGUACAUUACAUACAAUAAAAAAAUGUUGGU